AUGACCUCCAACUAUCCUAAUCAUGUCCCAUCAUCAUCCCUACCGCCCCUCAUGAUCUCCGCAAUUUCUCCUCCCCAGCCAGUGUCAGUCAGUUUGGUAGCCAGUGCGCCCGUUGCACUUCCUGCAAGCGUAGGGGAAUCAAACUGCAGCACCAGUACAAAGAUUCUUUCCCGGGACAUCAGUGCAAACCGCACCUCCAGCCUUAUUUCUGUCAUUGAGGACCAAUCUCAUCUCCCCGCAGAAGUCCCCGCAUUGUCUAUGUCAGCCCCGACCCAGUCGGGGAUCCAAUUUGUGAACCUCCCAGUUGAGAUCCAUGAGAUUAUUCUGGAUCAUAUAUUUGGCAAAAGAGCCUCGGCUGGUAAUCAUACAGCAUAUGGUAAAUCUUCUGCCCAGAACUGGAGUAAGGCUCUCCAUCAUCCGCGGCGCAAGGCCCUUUCCAACCUAGCCUUGACUUGCCGGGUAUGGACUAGACUUGUUCAAAGCCGAAUCUACCGCCAUAUCAGAAUCAAGGGUAGCAGAGAUGAAUUGGCCACCUGUGUGCGGUGGUUCAAGAGAAACCCGCGUUUGAUUCCUUACGUCUGUCAUAUUGAAAUUUGGAUGCCUAUCUGGGGAGAUCGAGCUCCCCAGCUUAAUAUUUCUCGCUCGAAUGCGGAGCAACAUGCCGCUCAGAGAGCCGCGGGACCUGUUGUACCCAUGCAGUGGAAUCAUGACCAUCAGGGAAAUGAUAUGUUUUAUUAUCACCGUGCAACCAACAACGCUUCUUUGGAGGAAAUCUUCGGGCUUGUUCGACGCUUUUUCCCCACCGCCCGCGUUCUCACUCUGGAUGGUGGCCACUGCAAAAACCCGCCCAUGGUCCGACAUUUCCGCCAUAGUCGUGGCAUGUACAGUCUGCAGGCUCUCAUUCAACGGCGUCUACCCGUUCUUGAACACAUACAGACAUUUAUCAUGAUGCACGUCUUCACUCGUCCUCCAGCUACAAUCCGACACAUUAAUCUCAGCCUGGAGGGAUUCUACAACAAUGAUAGUCUGCUGGGUAGGCUUUCUGGACCUCAAAACUCGCUUCCUCCAAUCUGCAGCCUGCUUGGCGAAACAGCUCCACGUUUAGAGUCUUUUACCUACACUGGUCGUGUUUGUUGGUACUUCUUUGAGAGAUUGAAGCAAGGGGCAACAGCAAUGGGUUCUUAUUCUCGGCUCAGGUCAUUGGACCUUGUAGUCAAGGCGUGCUGCCACAAUAAGAAGGUCGACAGAUCGCAUCACUGGUCGCAGAUGAGCCAGGGAAUAGGCGGAAUUACCAGCCUUGUGUUUAUUCGUGCGUUUGAGGCAAUGGUGGUCAAGGCAAUCGAGUGUCUACCUGUACUCCCUGCCCUGGAGUAUUUGCGGAUCCGUUUCAUCGACCUCGACUCAAGAUGUCCGCCUCUGAACCCUUAUUUCCAACUUGUCAAUAAUGAGUGCACGGGCCUGUGGAGUGAAGACAUUCUGAAAGCUUUGCGCGUGAACCGACCAUCGGCCUCAUUUCUCGCACUUACAGAUGGACUAGCCGCAGAGUACAGUGACCAGCAAAUUGUAGGUGCCAUGAUGCCCCGAGCUCGCCCCCUGGGGAUCCAAGUGAACACGUACAGUCUUCUUGCCGACAGCUCCAGCCCUUACUAG